AUGAACACCUACUCCGACGAUGAACUGAUCUGGAUUGUAAUCGACUAUGGUUCGAGCCAGGGAAAAAGAACCAUCGGGCCGUACACCAACUCCUGUGACUAUCGACAAGCCGUGCGAAAGCAACUCCUAGCGCUAUGCGAUGCAGAAACCGAUACCAAAGUCUCUGAAGAAAGCUACGCGUGGCUCAACGACGAACUGAGUUGCGGGAUUGAGGAGCUAGAUGGCAAGCGCGUUACUAAAGAAGGAGGUCUGACCUUGUUCAUUGUAAAAGUGCACACUGAAAAGAACGAGCCUGUUGCAUUAGCAAUCAAGAACACAACCGGAACCGCUCUCUUGAAGCUGUUUUUGGUGCGUGAUCGAUACUUCUCGGCUCACUUCCGCAACGUAAAAGAACCAGAAAAGGUUCCUUUGGCAAAAUUGAUCGAGCCGCACAAUACCUCGAAUGGACUGGUGUUUCCAUUUGGAGGAACAAUGAAAACGGCCAUGACUGAUGAGGCGGCUGGCCGGAUUUUGGGGGAUCUUCAAAAGGAAUGGAGUCCGGACCGUUGCUUUGAAGACAUUGAGAAUGUCGCAGGGGAGUGGAUUGGAAGAGUUACGUCGAAAGGGGGGGCCUUUAUCGGUUUAGUGUGUGUAACUCAGAUCUUCGUCACUGAGCACGAGAGGAAGGUGGUGCCCUACGAACAAUCUCGUUUGGAUAGCUUCAAUCAGGCCCUGUUAACCAUACGUGAUAAGAUAUACGAUACGGUAACAGGAGCAGCACCUUCAGAUAACAAGUAG